CAUUGUUUAUCUAGCCCGCUGCUCUUUCUGAACGGGACAGUGCUCGGCUGGCGGCUGUAAUUUGUAAUAAUGCAGCGCCUACAGGGUUUGUUAAUCCUUUAUUUCAAAAUGAAGAACACUUUCGGCUGAAUCUACGCUGAGAGCCGGAGGAGGAGAACGGGAACAUGAGAUGGAGAUAACCCGGACCAGACCGUCGCUGUAUGGAGAAAUCGCUCAUGGCCUCGGAUUCUGGACAGACCGGUCAGCAGUGCACGAGGCCGCUGCGCAGGGUCGAGCCCUACAGCUGCAGCAGCUGAUUGAGGCGGGUGCGGCCGUAAACAUUGUGGCCAUGGACUCCAUCACCCCGCUGCAUGAGGCGUGCAUACAGGGUCAAACCCAGUGCGUCAGGCUGCUGCUGGAUGCCGGUGCACAAGUGGAUGCUCGGAACAUUGAUUCAAGCACCCCACUGUGUGAUGCCUGCGCAGCCGGUAGCUUGGAUUGUGUGAAACUGCUGCUGGAGUAUGGAGCAACCGUCAAUCCUCCACUGUUUACCUUCUCUCCUCUUCAUGAGGCAUGCAUGGGAGGUAACUCAGACUGUGUUCAGCUGAUGAUUGAUCGAGGAGCCUUCAUGGAGGCUCAUGACUGCCACUACGGAACGCCGCUUCAUGUCGCCUGUGCCAGGCAACACUUUGACUGCGCCAAAGUGCUCCUCAAUGCAGGGGCGAAUGUGAAUGCUUCCAAGCUCCAUGAGACGGCUCUUCAUCAUGCAGCUAAAACUAAGAACACUGAUCUAAUAGAGCUGCUUGUUGAGUUCGGGGGUAAUAUUUUUGCUCGAGACAACCUCAACAAGAAGCCCAUCCACUACACCAGCGUGGGAUCUCCCUCUUACCUCUGCCUCGAGUUGUAUGAAAAUACUCCCCUCAGCCUGCAGCAGCUCAGCAGAGUGGCUUGGAGGAGGAGUCUCGGCACAAGAGCACACAAAGUCAUUUCGGAGCUGCACUUGCCCAAGAGCAUCAUCAGAUUCCUCUCUCACAUGAACCCUCUUGUUGUUGAAAUUUGAACACAUUUGACAGACUUGAGUUAAAAAACGGUGACAUUAAAUCUGCUUGUGUUUCUUCAGGAUGCAACAUGACAGGAUGCUUAGAAAAAAUAUUUAGGACUGCAAAACUGGCCUGAUGUAUAAAGUUUUGUUGUCUUAUAAGGGUUUUUUCUUGCUAUGAAAGGCAGGCAGGCUGGACACCUUAAUGGAUUGCUAUUGAACAAGAAAAUCUCUUGAUUGCAGCAGUAUCAAACAAAAGUUUUUUCUUCUUUUGGCAGUUCUAAUCUAUCUUUCAAGAAUGCUUGUUAAAUUACACAAGACGUCCACUUACUUGUUACAACAGGCCAUAUUCCAACUUUAGAGCCAUUACUGUUGCCUGGAAUCUGGUUUUUCAUGUUUCUUGGAACUGCUUUUGACCAAACAGACUAGUCUGACUCACAGCAGCAGGGGCUUUGCACCAGUAGUCAGUUAGGAUGGGUGAAUACUAUGUCUACUUCUGUCAUGAAUCUGAAAUAUGUCAACAUGAUCUUCGCUUGGUGAUUAUUGGUGUUUUAUAGAAACAGUAAUGCAUACCAAUUAAUGUUGUGUUGAUCACUAGAAAACAAUAAAAAGCACUACGGAGUCUUAUGUAGAGGACAGCCUUGUGUAUUCCACUUUAUUUAAUAGAUAUUCCAGCUCAAAAUAACAAAGAAUUAAGUUUUAAUACCGUGAAAUAUAUAUGAAGCUCUUCUUAACUGUUGGAAGUUUCAUAAAAAACUGUAAUGAUAAAUUGACUCUAAAGGAGAUAAUUGUUUAAUAAUUAUUAGCAUUUUAUAAUUGUAUGUACUUGUACAUAUUUUGUAACUAUUUUAUGUAAAUAUGUAAAUAUGUAAACCUCUACAAAGUUAAUAAAUAAAAAAUAAAUAAAUAAAAAGACCAAAAUCCA